GGGAACACCCAGUUCCACUGCGCUAGCUGUAAUGGGACUAGGUCCCUUUCAGCCUCGCAGCCGGGGGAGCUCUGGGCGGGCCCAAGGCAGCAUGGAUUACGGAACUGCUGCUUGGUGUUGCUUCCUCUGCGUUCGUUGAAUCCAUGGCGACUUUCCCUCUCCCAUCAUCGCCCAACCACCACACAACCACUUGACGACUAUUCUGCACCGAGGAAUCGCGCCUGGUCCCAAGUAAUAAGCGACUUCAACUAGUUUUGUCCGGUGCACUCUCUCCGAUUUCCAAACACAAUACAUUCCAGAAAUCCAGCAGCUUACCCAUCGACAGCCGUCAUCAUGCCUUCUGCCACAGGUGCCAACUGGGAAAAGUACCAAAAGAAAUUCGGCGAUGACGAGAUAGAAGAGAAGAAGAUCACGCCCCUCACCGAUGAAGAUAUCCAGGUUCUCAAGACCUAUGGUGCCGCGCCAUAUGGUUCCGCCAUCAAGAAGCUAGAGCAGCAAAUAAAGGAGAAGCAGCAGAGCGUGGAUGACAAGAUUGGUGUCAAGGAAUCAGAUACCGGUCUCGCACCACCUCACCUUUGGGAUAUCGCCGCCGAUCGUCAACGAAUGUCCGAGGAGCAACCUCUUCAGGUAGCGAGAUGCACCAAGAUUAUUCAGGACGACAAGGACGAGGCGAAGUCGAAAUAUGUCAUCAACGUCAAGCAGAUAGCAAAGUUUGUCGUGAAUCUCGGCGAGCGCGUCAGUCCAACGGAUAUCGAAGAGGGAAUGCGGGUGGGUGUCGACAGAAACAAGUACCAGAUCCUUCUCCCACUGCCGCCCAAGAUCGACGCCAGUGUCACCAUGAUGACGGUCGAAGAGAAGCCCGAUGUUACAUACGGCGAUGUUGGUGGUUGCAAGGAGCAGGUGGAAAAGCUCCGCGAGGUUGUCGAGAUGCCCCUGCUUUCGCCCGAACGGUUCGGCAACUUGGGCAUUGAUCCCCCCAAGGGUGCCCUUCUUUACGGCCCUCCCGGUACCGGCAAGACCCUCUGCGCUCGUGCGGUAGCCAACCGAACAGACGCCACCUUCAUCCGUGUGAUUGGAUCCGAGUUGGUUCAAAAGUACGUUGGUGAGGGUGCCAGGAUGGUGCGUGAGCUGUUUGAGAUGGCGCGGACGAAGAAGGCCUGCAUUAUCUUCUUUGACGAGAUUGACGCCAUUGGUGGUGCUCGUUUUGAUGACGGUGCGGGCGGUGACAAUGAAGUCCAGAGAACCAUGCUGGAGCUCAUUACUCAACUGGACGGUUUCGACGCUAGAGGCAACAUCAAAGUCAUGUUUGCCACCAACAGACCUUCGACUCUUGACCCUGCUCUUAUGAGACCGGGUCGUAUCGACCGCAAGAUUGAGUUUGCUCUUCCCGAUCUCGAGGGCCGGGCCAACAUUCUGAGGAUUCACGCCAAGAGCAUGUCGGUGGAGAGGGACAUCAGAUGGGAACUCAUCUCGCGGUUGUGCCCCAAUGCUACGGGUGCUGAGUUGCGCAGUGUGUGCACGGAGGCGGGCAUGUUUGCUAUCCGCGCGAGGAGGAAGGUGGCGACCGAGAAGGACUUCUUGGAUGCGGUGGACAAGGUGAUCAAGGGUAACCACAAGUUUAACUCUACUGCGGCUUAUGCGCAGUAUAACUAAGGGGUUAAGGGGGUUGUUAUGGGGAGCAGGGACGUUGUGUGUGUUUUCGGGUUGUGUAUGACUAGCAAGGUUAAUAAUUUACCUGAGACAGUUGACUUAGAGUAGGGUGGGGGAUGAAGUAGGAGUUGAAGACAAUAAACAAGCGAAUAUUAUGGACAU